AUGGCAGACUCGGAGCCGAGCGUGCUGGAAGGAGAGCUUGAAUCCAUGCCAGAGGAGGACAUAGCCAACCUGUGCACAGGGAUCAGACGCAGUCCACAUUUCUCAAAGUUUGUCCUCUUCAUGGAGCAUGAACAUGCUGUCGGGCCUGAGUAUCGUGAAGAGUGCUUCGGGCCCAAAUCUGAUUGUGUGGCAGAUGUGCAAGACUUUGUGCUUUUUUUGGAGAAGUACCGGAAUCUUUCGUGGCUUCCAUCCCAUGGUCUUGGUCCAUUGGAAGGCCAUUCAGAAGACACCGAUCCCAUCGAGCCCGACAAUAACGAGGGCACUGAUGGAGGCCAUCCAAAGGAAACCAAGCCAACAAGUUCCAACAAAAAUGAAGGCUUGCUGAGUGGGAAGCAGGAUGAUGCGUGGAACAAUGCGAAGAUGGCAGACUCGGAGCCGAGCGUGCUGGAAGGAGAGCUUGAAUCCAUGCCAGAGGAGGACAUAGCCAACCUGUGCUCAGGGAUUAGACGCAGUCCACAUUUCUCAAAGUUUGUCCUCUUCAUGGAGCUUGAGAAUGCUGUCGGGCCUGAGUAUCGUGAAGAGUGCUUCGGGCCCGAAUCUGAUUAUGUGGCAGAUGUGCGGGACUUUGUGUUCUUUUUGGAGAAGUACCGGAAUCUUUCUUGGCUUCCAUCCCAUGGUCUUGGUCCAUUGGGAGGCCAUGAGGAGGAAACCAAGCCAAUCAAGCAGAACAAGAGCAAAGGAGACGGAGGCGCGCGCUCCCAGCAGAUUAUGGACAAGCUUGCAAACUACAUCGAAGACAUGUCGAUGGAUGGUAGCUACUUGGGCCUUCUAGAUCUCUACUUCUUAGCUCGGGCUCGUGGGAAGGAGAUCUUUUUGCUUUGCCACAUUGAUGGUGAAGAAGACAUUGCUGCAGAGAGCCUUCACAGCAUUUUGCAACGGUCUUCCACCGUAAACAUUCCUCAAACGACAAAGAUCGAAAUGACCGACGCCGAUGCAUGGUUCCUUGUCCACUGCAGUGCAUCAUGGGAGCCAGCAACUCAAGACCACAUGUUGAACCAUUUCGUGCCUGCUUGGAGCAAGUCUAACGUUCCAGAACCUGAUUGGGAGCUUUGCAGAGCAGCUCGAGAUGCAGCCUUGAUCGACCUGAAGACUGAAGCUUCAUGGGAGCUUAUGGGUGUCAUGGAAGAAGGCCCUGCUGUAUCAGAAGAGCAGAAGAUCAACAUCUUGUCCGCGCAACAAGCGUCAGAGCAGAUUGAGCGUGAGCAGCAGGCCUUCCGAUACUUUGCCCAGCAAGGUGUCAUUAUCGGACAUGCCCCAGCAGAUGGCAAUUGUGCACUGUGGUCCAUCAUGAGUUUAGAAAAUGGCCUCCCGACCGACAAGGAUGGCUUUGAUGCGAAAUCCGAGGAAUUAUGCCGCUUGUGGAAGCUUGCUAGCAAGAAGCCUUUGUACCAGCAGCUUUUUAUGGAAAUCUCCGAUCCUGGGGAUGAGGAGGGGCAGCACUCUGGCGCCGAAAACAGAACGCCAGAUCGAAGGAAGAGAGACCUAGACAGUGAGGGGGAGGCAGCCCUUGCAACACCUGUGAAGCAAAGCAAGAAGUCAUCUGCUUGCGCGCCAGCAGAGUUUGGCAAGCCUUUGCAGAAGGAUCUGAAAAUCAGAUGUCCCGGGAGCCAAUCGGUGGAAAAAGCAGAUGCAGACCUGGAAAUCGUUCCGGACGAUGGCUCCUUGGGGUACAGCUUGGAAAAAGCCACAGCAAUAGCGCGGUCCAAGCACAAACGUUCCUGCAGGAAGCUGGUGCAGAGCGAGAGCAUGCUGCGGAAUGCAGUGGUGAAGAAGUACUUGGUUUACACAGGCCUCACAUGGCCUAGGUUCCAGAAGGAGCACCGGAGGCAAAGCACUAUGGUGAAGGCAUGGAAAUGCUCUGUUGGUGGAUUCGUGACCUUGAGAAACAAGCUGAUCCUCGGAUCGCAUCAGGCUGGUGCCUGUGCCAGCUGCGAUCACCUGCUGGAGGCAGUGGGUUUUGACGCUUCGGCUUUGGAAGCAGGUGUGGAAGAAGCCUUAAGCAAAGGCUCAGCCAACGGAGUGUUUGAGGCUGAGAGACCUGAUGAUGGCCCGCAAGCAGCGCUAGCGCCACCUGAUGUAGAAAAUCAAGAAAAAACAGAAGUUGCAGAAGACACUUCAGGACCUUUGCCCUUCCUCGCAGCAUAUGGCACAGUCUUCACAGCAUUGAAUCCAGGCGAUCUUGGCAAGAGGGCUCCGGUACGUUGCAAUCUUUGCAAGAGCCGUGCCUUUCCUGACGGGAAGGUCAUUGAUCUCUGCAGAUACGACAACAAGGCUGUCGCUUUGCAUUUUUUGCAACAGCACUGCCAGUCAGCCAAGCAUCAGCGUGCUUUGAGAGAUGGUGACGAGGCUGGCCCUGGAGAUGAUCCAGACAAAGAAGAGGAAGCCUACCCAUGCACAGGCUACAAGGUGGACGGUAAGGGCUAUGGAUGUCUCCAGGAAGUGGUUGAAGAUUUCCAGCUUUGGGAUGCUUCGAGUGGCGUGUGGUACAUCAGAUCGCAGACCUGCCGCAAGACCACCAAGUUCGGAAAAGAGGGAGAAGCUCUUUGUACGGAGUGUGCUUCAAUGGGCAGCGGACACGGUGUCAUGAGGAAUGUAACCAGGUUCGUCGUGAAGUACUUCGCUGCCCAGCUCCUAAGCGCACGGCUGUUCCAGGGUUCCGAAAAAGCAAUCGCUUUUGUGGAAGACUUCAAGAAGAGCACGAUGUACCAGAGAGAUAGGGCGAGCUUUGACCAACUUAUGCAACUCAGAAACGGUCACUUGCAGCAAUACGUUCGGGCUUCAUGGCUGACCUUGCCAGAGACUCAGAUGGUCAAGGUGUACCGUGACUUUGUGGAUGCCACUAUCCGUCCGUGCCUCCGCUGCAACAUUGAUUCAGUGGGAGACGGCAUGAGCGAUGUCAUCGCUCGCUUCAGUGCUUGCAUUGCAAGUGGGGUAGCAUCAGAUGUGGAAGUCAAGCAAAUGAAGUUGGCAUCAGCAGCCAUCAGCGGUACUCUGGAAAGUCACCCACUGGUUUCAGGAUUAGCCUUGCAAUGCCUUCGUUUGAUUGACAAAAAUGAACGCGGCAUCUUCCACAUGGGCGGCCGCCGCUCCUUGGAGUCAGAGCAUGAGAAGGAAGUCAUCAGAGAUGCAGGCAUGCAACUUGCACUCAAUGCUUGCAACAGGAAUCUCGCAAAGCAGUUUGGAAUUCCUAAGUGGAAGAUGUUGUUCGAUGAGCUCUUGGCCAAGUCACUCCCCACACCCAUGCUGGCAUUGAAGUGGCCAGAGGUGCUGAAAGAGAAUGCUUCUUUGCUGGACCAAAGGUUUCCUGCGCGGAAAAGCCGACGUUACUUGGCUUUUGCGCUCUACUGCUAA